AUGGGAGCCAAGACGCAGACGAAGAGGUCCGCCUCAGAGGCAGCCUACCUACUACUGCUAAUAAUGGUGGUUGUGGGAUGUGUGAACUUUAGUAGCUCAGUAUGGAAUGAGUCCCCGGUGAUGUCUAAGGGAAAUAUGUAUGCAAGGACGGAAGAAGCAACGGCACCUGAAUACAACAUAGUCGAUGCACACGAGCUGUACGAGAACUUUUCAUCAACUUGGGAUACUGAACUGGGAUACUCUAUCGCACCUAAUAACGAGUACGGACUUGGCCAAUAUGAGCUAAUUACGGACACACCUCCUUGUAGGCGGCUGUUUGUAAUAUGGACUACCGAUGAAACAACGUGGCAACCCUUUAACUCAGUCUCAUUAGAGAGUAUAUUUCGUUACGAUCCCUGUGCUCAAAUCUUCGUGUACGCGAACAACCUGCCCCUGGGAUUCUUCAAAAGCUACACCGAUGCAGGAUAUUAUAUAAUUGUAGAGCGAUACGAUUUGAACAUUCUCACCAAAGGCCUACCAGGAGAGAAAUGGGUGACACGAGCAGCAGAUGUCAGCAAUAGAUCCCCCUUCCAUGCAGUGCACGAGAGCGAUUUCCUUCGUACUUUUAUGCUCUACCAUAACGGAGGCUCGUAUGUAGAUCUGGACCACUUUAUGCUGCCUAUGUCGCGCCAUCUGGCUCACUUUAAAAAUGUUAUUGGUGCGGAAGCGUGUGCCGAUGACAAUCCAGAUUGUUUUGUAGUGCAUUAUCUGCCAGGCCUGAAGACUAUUGGAGAUGCUCGACAAUUCCCUGUCAAAACUCGAUUCUGCGCUGCAAAUGGAGUACUGUUGAAUUGGGAUAGGCAUCACAUCAUCAUGGAGAAAGCUUUGGAGCACUUCGACGAGAACUACGAUCCUCAGUGCUGGGGUUGUGCUGGUCCUAGACUGAUGGGUCUAUUGAUUCCUAAAUACUCGCAAACACUGACAUUGGUUGCUGAGAAGCUAUUAUACCCAGUUCAUUACUCGGAAGCCAAAGAGUUCAUGCAUAGAGCUAAUGACGUUCGAUGUGAUUCCAUUAUGCGCACGGCCAUGGGCUACCACAUGUACGGCAAAAUGGUGGCCCAAGAAGGUGUCCGGCCUGGAUCCCUCACUGAUUGUAUUAUGUCUUCGGUGCGCCUUCGCUCAGAUGACAGAGCGGUGUUCGAUGUCACUCGUACGCCGGUUGGUGGGGUAUUGAAACACGCAUACAAAGCGGACCGGAUGAUGCACUCUCAGACUUGCGAGACCUCAGUCGACGAUCCUCUGCGCAACGUAGCUGUGGUGCUUUUGGCAUACAAACGCGCAGAUUUCAUUGGUCAGAUCUUACAGAGUGUUUCUGCCAGCAGGCACCUCAAAGAAGUCGUAAUCUGGAAUAACAACGCAGAGUCGCAUAUUGAUCCAAAUGCCCUUGUGGCAACGUAUAAGAGUGUAACUCGGAACGCCGAGUUCACUCCGUGCAUACGCGUGUACAAUGCGAACAGCGAUGGGAAUCUGCUGUUCCUUGGCAGAUACGCCGCGUGUCUGGCUUCAUCCGCAUCGAUCUGUUACUUUCAAGAUGACGAUUGGAUAGUUGGUGACAGUGAACAGCUAUUCCACCUUGCUCAAGAAGACCCGCAUAGGAUACACAGUACUACCAAUGGAUGCGUUGUCCGUAUAGCUAAUACGUGGAAGUUUGGUGUACCAUCGUUAGGUAUGGACUCUCAGUUUUCGUGGGUGGGUACUGGUGCAGUUGCCAGCAAGCAGUUGGUUCAGCGUUUUUUUCUUCAAAUGCUUGGGUCAGGUAUAAGCGCGACCGAUAGGACUAUGGCCGACUUUUUCUUCACAGCGUGGACUAAUACGCCCCAAGAUGUGAUGGAGGGUGAGAUUACCGAGCUGACGCGUGAGAAUGCGUUUUCUGGAGCCGAAGGCACACAAGACUGGGCCAAGGGCACCGAGCGAAAUGUGCAUUAUAUAGAGUAUAGCGUUAGAGUUCUUCACGAGGUACUUUCGAACCCAAAGUAUGCCAAGAUCAGGCACAUGUUUAUGCCAUUUGUCCCGUCUACUGCAGCGAUAGAUCCGUUUGCGGUUAAUGCAAAUACUGGGAGUGUACAGAGCCAAGCCAGUACAGCGCUAAGGCCUGGUUGCACAGUAACUAAACCAACAUACAGAGCGAUAGUUCGAACAGAUGCGAGUCAGUAUGGUGACAUUAACAGACCACAGUACGAUCCCCUGAUGCCGUCUCUGGAUGCGCAUGUCCUCAAAAGCACAUUGAGUGAUGCUGUACAGCACAACAUGCGCAAUCUCGUGGAUGGCAAUCUGGAGACAUACUUUGUGCCCCUACUAAGAAACCCAUGUCACAACAUCAGUAUGGCGCUAGUUCAGCCUAUCGUGAUGAAGGGAGUCUCUCUGACGUUGAAUUCGGGUCCGCAGAAUGUUAAUAUGUACGCGGGAAUGCGACGAGAUUCACUCCGUCUAGUUGGUCAACAUAACUUAAAUGCCAGUCUGGAACGAAGCGUUCUGACUGCGGCUAACGAUGAUGUCGUCCAGGGACAAACAGGGUUUGGAGAAGUUGGCGUGGUGGUUAUAGAAUUGUGCGCAAGAGAGAAGGAAUCAGCAAUGAACAAAGAAAUCAGACUCUACGAGUUAGUACUGUCAUAGUCACCCCUUACGAUACGCUAUAGAACUAUAAUACACAAAUAAAAUAAUUGCCCUC